AUGACGUAAUUUGUUGAAUACGAUUUUAACAUCAAGUUCUAAUAGUAUAUGUUAAGUAAAGCAAUCAUUAAUGAUUGUUGUUAACUUAUACGAUUUAAUACUCUUUUAGGAGUAGUUCAAAAAUAAAAUUCACAACUAAAGACUUAAGGAAAUGAAUUUCUUUAAUUUACUCAGAAAACCUAAAUUUAAAACAAAAAGAAAAUUCAAAAGGGGUCAAAAAAAUUAUUAUUAGUUUAGGGGUUGAUUAAAGAAAAUAUCUACGCUUAUUAAAAGAGUAUAAUUUUAAAGCAAUUACUUUAGAUAAAAUUAGUGGACUUGACUAAGAAUUAGAUUAUUAUGAUUAAGGUAUUAAGAAACAUCCUGAAAAAUCUGGUUACUAUAAUGGCAAAGGUACAAAUAUAUAUCAAAAAUUAAUAGCUACUACUUUAUAAAAAAUGAAUAGAUUAGAAGAAGCAUUGAAUUAUUAUGAUUUAGCUAUAUAAAAAAAUUGUUAAAAUUCAUUACAUUAUUUUAACAAAGGUAUUUAUAACCAUUAUAAUUUAAAAGCAAUCACUUUAUGUAAAUUAAAUCGACUUGAAGAUGCAUUGGUUUAUUAUAAUAAAGCUAUUAUGAAAAAUCCUGAAGUUUCAGACUAUUAUUUUUACAAAGGUAGAGCAAAAUAUAAUGUUAUAGGAGAUUCGUUAUAGAGCAUGAAUAGAUUUGAAGAAGCAUUGAAAAGUUAUGAUUAAGCUAUUUAAAAAAAUCCUGAAAAAUCUGGCUAUUAUAAUAGCAAAGGUACGAUCUAUUCUCUAAAUUUUCAUUAGCUAUUACACUAAAGAAUAUGGAUAGAAAUGAAGAAGCAUUACAAUCUUUUGAUUUAGCUAUUUAGAAAAACCCUGAAUAUUCACACAAUUAUUUUAACAAAGGUAUAAUCAAAUCAUUAUUGUUUAAUAGCAAUUACUUUAGAUAAAUUAAAUCGACUUUAAGAAGCAUUGGAAUAUUAUGAUACAGCUAUUAUGAAAAAUCCUGAAGUUUAAAACUACUAUGAUAACAAAGGUAAAAUAAAAUGAGGAUAAUUUUCUAGCUACUACAUUAUAUAAAAUGAAUAGAUUCGAAGAAGCAUUGGAUUAUUAUGAUUAAUCUAUCUUGAAACAUCCUGAAAAUUCAGACUAUUAUAAUAAUAAAGGUUUAAUUAAGUCUAUUUAAUUUUAAGCUACAAUUUUAUAUUGUAUGAAUAGAUAUGAAGAAGCAUUGGAAUAUUUUGAUUUAGCAAUUUAAAAAAAUCCUGAAAUUUCAUACUAAUAUUUUAACAAAGGUAUAUAUUUUUGAUACAAUUCUUUAGCUAAUACAUUAGAGAAAAUGAAAAGAUAUGAAGAAGCAUUGAAAUUUUAUGAUUAAUCCAUUUAAAAAACCCCAAACAAUUCAGACUAUUUUAAUAGCAAAGGUUUAUUUAAUUUGGAUAAUUUUGAAGCUCUUGCAUUAAAGAAACUGAAUCGACUUGAAGAAGCAUUGAUAUAUUAUAAUUAUGCAAUUUAAAAAAACCCUGAAAAUUCUGACUAUUUUUUUAACAAGGGUAUAAUCUAUUAAUAUAAUUGUAUAGCUCUUACUUUAUAUGAAAUGAAUAGAUUUUAAGAAGCAUUGGAUUAUUAUGAUUAAUCUAUUUAGAAAUGCGCUUUAAAUUCAGACUACUAUUUUAGCAAAGGUAAAUUAAAAUUUUAUAAUUUCUGAGCUCUUACCUUAAAAAAAAUGAAUCGAUUUGAAGAAGCAUUAUAACUUUAUGAUUAAGCUAUUUAGAAAAAUCCUGAAAAAUCUGAUUAUUAUGAGGGCAAAGGUAGAAUUAUAUCUGCAUAAUUUCAUAGCAUCAACUUUAUAUUUGAUGAAUAGAUUUGAAGAAGCAUUAGAAUAUUUUGAUUAAGCUAUUUGGAAAGAUCCUAAAGAUUCUGACUAUUAUUAUGGCAAAGGUACAAGAAAUUUUAUUUAAAUUUCGGAGCUCUUACAUUAAAUAAAAUGAAUCGACUCGAAGAUGCACUACAAUAUUAUGAUUAAGCUAUUAAAAAAAACCCUGAAAUGUCAGACUAUUAUUUUAACAAAGGUUGAAUAAUAUCAAAAUAAUUACUUAGCUAAAGUACUAGAUAAAAUGAAAAAAUCUGAUGAAGCAUUACAACUUUAUGAUCUAGCUAUUAAAAAAAAUCCUGAAAAAUUUGGUUAUUAUGAGGGCAAAGGUAGAAUUAUAUCUGCAUAAUUUCAUAGCAUUAACUUUAAAUAGUAUGAAAAAAUUUGAAGAUGCAUUGGAGUAUUUUGAUUUAGCUAUUUCUAAAAACCCUGAAGAAUCUGUCAAUUAUUGUCAUAAAGGUAUAAUAAAAUUAAUAAAAUUUCAAAGCUAUUACCUUAAAGACAAUGUUUAGGCUUGAUGAUGCGCUGCAUCUAUUUGAUAAAGCUAUUCAAAAAUAACCUGAAAAUUCUAGUUAUUACUAAGAAAAAGGUUCAAUUAUAUUUCUUUGAAUUUAAUAGCAAUAACUUUAAAUCUUAUGAAUAGAUUCGAAGAAGCAUUGGAAUAUUAUGAUUUAGCUAUUUUGAAAAACCCUGAAAAUUCUUAGUACUAUUCUAAUAAAGGUAUGAUAAAUAUAAUAUCAUUUUUUAUAGCUGUUACUUUAAGUAAAAUGAAUAGACUUGAAGAGGCUCUUGAUGCUUUUGAUUAAGCUAUUUAGAAAAAUCCUGAAGAAUCCAUAUAUUAUGUUCAGAAAGGUAAAAUACAAUCUCUAUAAUUUAUGAGCUAAUACAUUAGAUAAAAUGAAUAGAUUUAAUGAAGCUUUGUAAUUUUAUGAUUUUGGCAUUAUGAAAGAUGAUUAAAACUCAAAAUUUUAUUGUAACAAAGGUUUAAUUAUCUCCUUAUAAUUUCCUAGCAUGUACUUUAGACAAAAUGAAUAGAUUUGAAGAAGCUUUGGAAUAUUAUAAUUUAGCUAUUUAGAAGAACCCUGAAAAUUCUGACUACUAUUUUAAUUAAGGUAGAAUAUGAUUUACAAUUUUUAGCUCUUACAUUAGGUAAGAUGAUUCGAUAUGAAGAAUCAUUGAAAUAUUUUAAUUUAGCUCUUGAAAUAAAUAAGGAAAACAUAAUCUAUUAUGUUAAUAAAGGUAGAAUAAAAUCAGUUUAAUUUCUUAGCUAAUAUAUUAGAAAAAAUGAAUCGAUAUGAAUAAGCAUUGGAACUUUUUACUCUAGCUAUUGAAAAAAAUCCUGAAAUAUCGGAAUAUUUUCUAAAUAAAGGUAUAAUAAGUCCAAUAAAUUCUUAGCUAAUUUAUUAGAAAAAAUGAAUAGACUUGAAGAAGCAUUGGAAUACUAUGAUACUGCGAUUUAAAUAGAUCCUGAAAAUUCAAACUAUUAUAAUGGCAAAGGUAUAUGAAAAUUGGUAACACUUUAUAGCUAUUGCUCUAAAGAAAAUGAAUAGACUUGACAAAGCACUAAUAUGUUAUGACUUAGCUAUUUAGAAAAACCCUGAAGAUUCUGACUAUUAUUUUAACAAAGGUAAUUUUAUUUAGGAUAAUGUUUUAGCUAAUACAUUACAUAGAUUGAAUAGGUUUUAAGAAGCUCUUGACUAAUUUGAUUUAGCUAUUUCGAUAAACUAAGAAGAUUCCGACUAUUACUCUGCGAAAGGUAAAUAUAAGUCUGUGAAUUUAAGCAAUGACUUUAGAAUAAUUGAAUAGAUUUGAAGAAGCAUUAACAUAUUAUGAUUCAGCUAUUGAGAAAAACCCUGAAAAUUCAAACUAUUAUUUUUACAAAGGUAAAUACAACCAAAUAAUUACUGAGCAAAUACACUACAGAAGAUUAAUAGGUUAANUUAAAGACAAUGUUUAGGCUUGAUGAUGCGCUGCAUCUAUUUGAUAAAGCUAUUCAAAAAUAACCUGAAAAUUCUAGUUAUUACUAAGAAAAAGGUUCAAUUAUAUUUCUUUGAAUUUAAUAGCAAUAACUUUAAAUCUUAUGAAUAGAUUCGAAGAAGCAUUGGAAUAUUAUGAUUUAGCUAUUUUGAAAAACCCUGAAAAUUCUUAGUACUAUUCUAAUAAAGGUAUGAUAAAUAUAAUAUCAUUUUUUAUAGCUGUUACUUUAAGUAAAAUGAAUAGACUUGAAGAGGCUCUUGAUGCUUUUGAUUAAGCUAUUUAGAAAAAUCCUGAAGAAUCCAUAUAUUAUGUUCAGAAAGGUAAAAUACAAUCUCUAUAAUUUAUGAGCUAAUACAUUAGAUAAAAUGAAUAGAUUUAAUGAAGCUUUGUAAUUUUAUGAUUUUGGCAUUAUGAAAGAUGAUUAAAACUCAAAAUUUUAUUGUAACAAAGGUUUAAUUAUCUCCUUAUAAUUUCCUAGCAUGUACUUUAGACAAAAUGAAUAGAUUUGAAGAAGCUUUGGAAUAUUAUAAUUUAGCUAUUUAGAAGAACCCUGAAAAUUCUGACUACUAUUUUAAUUAAGGUAGAAUAUGAUUUACAAUUUUUAGCUCUUACAUUAGGUAAGAUGAUUCGAUAUGAAGAAUCAUUGAAAUAUUUUAAUUUAGCUCUUGAAAUAAAUAAGGAAAACAUAAUCUAUUAUGUUAAUAAAGGUAGAAUAAAAUCAGUUUAAUUUCUUAGCUAAUAUAUUAGAAAAAAUGAAUCGAUAUGAAUAAGCAUUGGAACUUUUUACUCUAGCUAUUGAAAAAAAUCCUGAAAUAUCGGAAUAUUUUCUAAAUAAAGGUAUAAUAAGUCCAAUAAAUUCUUAGCUAAUUUAUUAGAAAAAAUGAAUAGACUUGAAGAAGCAUUGGAAUACUAUGAUACUGCGAUUUAAAUAGAUCCUGAAAAUUCAAACUAUUAUAAUGGCAAAGGUAUAUGAAAAUUGGUAACACUUUAUAGCUAUUGCUCUAAAGAAAAUGAAUAGACUUGACAAAGCACUAAUAUGUUAUGACUUAGCUAUUUAGAAAAACCCUGAAGAUUCUGACUAUUAUUUUAACAAAGGUAAUUUUAUUUAGGAUAAUGUUUUAGCUAAUACAUUACAUAGAUUGAAUAGGUUUUAAGAAGCUCUUGACUAAUUUGAUUUAGCUAUUUCGAUAAACUAAGAAGAUUCCGACUAUUACUCUGCGAAAGGUAAAUAUAAGUCUGUGAAUUUAAGCAAUGACUUUAGAAUAAUUGAAUAGAUUUGAAGAAGCAUUAACAUAUUAUGAUUCAGCUAUUGAGAAAAACCCUGAAAAUUCAAACUAUUAUUUUUACAAAGGUAAAUACAACCAAAUAAUUACUGAGCAAAUACACUACAGAAGAUUAAUAGGUUAAAAGAAUCUCUAGAAUAUUAUGAUUCAGCUAUUUUGAAAAACCCUGAAAAUUCGGACUUUUUGAUUAAUAAAGGUACAAUAAUCAGUUUGAUUUUUAGCUAAUUCAUUAGUUUAGAUGAAUAAAUUUGAAGAAGGAUUGGAAUAUUAUGAUUAAGCCAUUUAGAAAAACCCUGAAAAUUCUGUCUAUUAUUUUAACAAAGGUAAAAUUUAUUAAGACAAUUUAAUAGCUCUUACUUUAUAAAAAAUGAAGAGAUUCGAAAAAGCAUUGGAAUAUUAUGAUUUAGCCAUAAAGAAAAACCCUGAAACUUCGGACUAUUAUUUUGACAAAGGUAUUAUCUAUAAAGAGAAUUUAAUAGCUAAUAUUUUAUAUAAACUUAAUAGAUUUGAAGAAGCGUUGGAAUAUUAUGAUUCAGCUAUUUACCAUAACCCUUAAAUUGCAGACUAUUAUUAUAGUAAAGGUACUCUAAAAUUUAAAUAAUUUAUCAGCAGAUACAUUAUAAAGAAUGAGAAGAUUUGAAGAAGCAUUAGAGUAUUAUGAUUCCGCUAUUAAAAAAAACCCACGAGAUUCUGACUAUUACAAUAACAAAGGAAUGUUUAUUCAAUAUAAUUUAAUAGCUAAUGCCCUAGUUUAGAUUGAUAGAACUGAAGAAGCCAUAGAACAUUUUGAUUAAGGUAUUUCGAUAAGUCCUGAAGAUUCUUCCCUUUAUUUUCACAAAGGUACAUCGGAUAAAUUUCUUAGCCAAUACAUUAUGUAAAAUGGAUAGAUUUGAAGAAGCCUUGAAAUUUUAUGAUUUAGCCAUUUUUUUAAACCCCUAGGAUUCAGAUUAUUAUAACAACAAAGGUACAAUAAUCAUUUAUUCAAUUCAUAGCCAAUGCUUUAUAGAAAAUAAAUAGAUUUGAAGAAGCUUAGAUAUAAUAUGAUUUAGCCAUUCAGUUAAACCCUUAAGAUGAAAACAAUAAUAUAGUGCAAUUUAUCUUUGAAGAUUCUAGGUACAAUUCUUUUAGUUGAGC